AUCUCCUUGGACCGUUGGAGUUGACUAGGACUGUCCUUCAAAUCAGACACACAAGAAGAAUACUUGUUUUUAUUACUGUUAAAUCAUAACAUUAUGAUAAAGCAUUAUAUUUUAGCUUUGUUGUGGAGUAACUCAACAGACCUUUCUUACAGAGAAACUUGUGAUGACACAAACAGCACAAAUAUAUGUAACUAAUGCUUCUCCUGCAUUUAAUACUUUUUAAAAUUAAAACGGUUAAUACUGAAUACUAAGAUUAUUAUCUUUUUCAUUCAGUCACUACAAUAAUUGUUGGGUAAUAUAACUACAACAUUCACUUUCAUUCGCUAAUGGUAUGUUAGGUUGUUUCUUAAUUUUUGGAUUGUCUGAUGUUUUAGAAAGUGUAAGGUUUUAGAUACAUCUGAUCUUCCGUCACGUGUGACCUCCGCUCAGGGACUACAGAUGAAAAUGAGCUUAUAGCUAUAUCUGGGAAGAUAUAUGUAUAGUACAGUGUCCCGGCUCAGUACAAAAAUUAAAAAGAAAUAAUAUGUAUGAAACCUGAACUUUUAACCUCAUCCUCUUAAAUAUGUAUCACACGAGAGUCUCUUAAACCAAAGAGUCUAUGAAAACCACCAAGCUGUGAUGUCAUGGAAGGUCCCUCUGGAGAGUACAAAUAGAUCGAGAGAUGAGGAAGCGCAGCAGAGUCGAAGUGUGACUGUCUGUGAGAUGGAAGUGAAGCUGCAGCUCAGUGUCUUCGUGUUACUCAUCCAGGUUUCACUUGCGGUGUGGCAGCGUGUGACUGUAAGAAAAGGUCAGACGCUCAGCUUAAGCUGCCCAAUAACUGACGCUCACAUCAACCAUGUCGACUGGAGGAACCCUGAAGGAUAUGUUAUGUUCUUCAACAACCAAGAAGUUUUAAAGGACAAGCGCUACAGCAUCAACAAACUGUCUCUGUCGGAAUUCACCAUCAGUAUUUCCGACAUCACCUUCAAAGAUGGAGGCAUCUACACAUGCUCUCAGUAUGACGCUCACACAACAGAGAAGAAAGUGGAGGUGACAGUGUUAGGCCGUCCCAAAAUGGAAGUAGCAAAGAAUGAAGGAACGUUUGUCAUAAAAUGCACUGCUGAGGGGAACCACUAUCCUCCCCAGAUCUCCUGGAAAUUGGAUAAUGGACCUGAAAUUAUUGCUCAUGGCCAAGAAGAAGUUAGAAAAUAUGACGACAAGAAAUAUGUCACAAUGGAAAUGCUACAAGUACGCUCAGUGGAGAACAGGAUCACUGUCAAAUGCCUUGUUCGCCAUCCAGCUCUGUACUCACGUCCUCUGAUGAACUUUGUCCAAAUUGGACCAGACUCAACAAAGCCCUGGGGCACAACCACGACCAGUUCCCCCAGCACCCAGCCUAGAGGGUCAACAGAGGUGCCAGGAACAACAACCGUCUUCAAACACGGGAGAACAACUGUGUACCUUGCAACCAGAGGCUCAAAGGGGCCUUCAUCAGAGAGCUCAAUAACGACGGUCACAGCACCCAGUGGACGUCCUCUGGUCCCUGUAAAAUCCACAGGCUCACAUCUCAGCACAGACGGCCUACAAGACUGGACGUCUGUCUCUGAGACAACAGAAGACAUCACAUCCAAUAACAGGACACAAAACCAAACAGGGAGCUUUAAUGACUCAAAGAUGCGGACAGGAACCGGAGGAAGUUCAUCAUUACUGGUCUUCCUGGUCACAUGCCUGAUCUUCGGUCUACUGGUGGUUGUCAUUUUCUUUGCCAUCAAGCUGAGGAGAGCGCACAUCGCCUGGAAGAGAGUUUUUAUUGUUACAGAGAAUGAGGAUACUGAUCCAUCAGAGGAGAGCAGUAAAUCAAAAUCAAGCCAAGAAGAGAGGAAUGCCCAAGGACAGAGGCGAAGAGGGCUCUUCAACACGGCAUUCACAAAGUACGUCGUUGAAAAACCAGCAGCGAUAAGCUCAGUGAUAAACACAAAUGCGAUGGCAGCAGCAGAGAUAGAUAAAGAUCAGCCUUCUCAACCUCAAACCCUUCAGCCAAGUGUGACAUAAAGGAGACAGAGCUAUGAUAAUCUGUCAAAUACAGUACAAUAUCAGUAAUAUCAUUAGCCCCAUAAGAAUGCUCACAGAUUCAACUGAUUAGCUUUUUACUGUAAGAAAGAGUGUAUUUUUACACAGAAAAUCAUAUGGGGAACUUGCUUAUAACGUGUAAAUAUUGUAUACAUUUUGUCUUCAC